UCGGGGCUAGCAAUACACUUUUCCCCGUCCUGUGUGAAGUAGACCCGCAAUAUCUGAACUCUUAUCGUCCUCAGACCAACGACUAGUGCUGAAGUUGGUGUUCAGACACGGUUCUGCCUUGAGAGCCGGAGGCUGCGUGUGAGAGAGUUCACGAUGUCUGAACUUUUCAUGGAGUGUGUUGAGGAGGAGCUGGAGCCGUGGCAGAAACAAGCUCCUGAAGUUCAUUUGAUAGACGAUGACGACGACGACGAUGAACCCAUCUUUGUAGGAGUGCUCUCUAACAACCAGAAGGAUGCUAAGGCUAAUCCUCCACCUCCACCUCCUCAGAGGCAGAGUGCAGAGAAACAAGAAAUAAAGCGUCCUCCUCUGAAGUCUGCCAUUGCUCCCUCACCAAUAAUGCUGCCACUGAAUGUGGCUGCAAAAGCAGUGAACACUGUGGUACCCAAUAUGACAACAGUGACACCCCAGCCUGUUAUUGUCAAUAACCAGGGCUUCAUCGUAGCUUCUCCACAACUAGCAAACAGCAGUGAGUUUAUUGCCUCUCUGGGGAGCCAGUACCCUCCUGGGACUUCAUUUACAAUCGUACCAGCCGGUCAGCAGCAGAUUUUUCAGCAGGUCUCUCCUGCCACAGUGAUACCGGGUGUUGUCCACCGGCCUCAGGUGCAACAAAUCAGCAACAACGUUGUGACGUUGUCUAACGUCCAGAGUCCUGCUGUGUAUGCAACACAAUCUCACCAGCUGCAACUCAACCGUUCCAACACACAAUCACUUCAGACCUUUUCUGUGCCUGUAAAGACCAAUAACAACACCAGAGAUCAACUCUUAGUCAAACGAGGACCACCACCACCACCACAGCAAACAGACAGCACUGCAAAAAGAAUCAAGCUUGAUUUGGGGCCUGCAAAGGUGGUAGUCCCCUCAGAAAAUGGGCUCUUGAAGAAAAAGUGCCCAAAGUGUCAAGAGGAAUUCCUCACACAGGAGGCCUUAAAAUUUCAUAUGGUGAGCUGCUGUGCAGUCGUGGAAAGUACAACUCCAUCAUCCAUGAACUUUGCAAACAAGCGCAUCAUGCUGGUCUCAGAUUUCUACUAUGGCCGGUUUAUGGGAGAUGGGAUGAAAAAGGAGCCGAAGCCCAACACCACAUUUAAGUGCCAGAGCUGUUUGAAAGUUCUCAAGAACAAUAUCAGGUUCAUGAACCAUAUGAAGCACCACCUGGAGCUGGAAAAGCAGAACAGCGAGAGCUGGGAAAGCCACACAACCUGCCAGCAUUGCUACCGACAGUACAUGACUCCAUUCCAGCUGCAGUGCCACAUCGAGAGCGCUCACAGCCCCAUUGAAUCCUCGACCAACUGCAAGAUAUGUGAGCUGGCGUUUGAGUCCGAGCAAGUUCUCUUGGAACACAUGAAGGACAACCACAAGCCCGGAGAAAUGCCCUACGUCUGCCAGGUCUGCAAUUACCGGUCCUCUUUCUUCUCAGAUGUGGAGACACAUUUCCGAAGCGUCCAUGAAAACACAAAAGACCUGCUCUGUCCCUUCUGUCUCAAAGUUCUUAGAAGUAGUCAUACGUACAUGCAACACUACAUGAAACAUCAGAAAAAAGGGAUCCAUCGCUGUGGAAAAUGCAGACUGAAUUUUCUCACCUAUAAGGAGAAAGUGGAGCACAAGACUCAUGUCCACAAGACAUUCAGAAAGCCUCAAGCUCUGGAAGGCCUUCCUCCGGGAACAAAGGUGACUAUUCGAGCCUCUCUCACAGGAAAGACGCCCACAUUGCCGACCUCCCCUGAUCGUCCCAGCUUUACUGUCACUCCAGAAAGUUUCAACCAGAAAACCAAACCUCCAAACAAUGUGUCCAAGUCUAAGUCAAACUACUAUGUAGCAGGAAAAGCCAAGAUGACUCAGAGCAAGAAGCAAAAUUUCCGGAGCAACAAGCACAACUUGGCGCUCAUGAAUCUCAGAGUCAACGGAGGACACUACACGUGCAUCGAGUGCAACGGACAAGUUGACGACUUCUUUUCUCACUUCCCAAUGGCUUCAAAUUGCGGUGCAUGCAAAUAUCGGACGAGUUGCAAAGUCGCCAUUGGAAAUCAUAUGAUAAAAUUUCAUAGUACCAUAACCAAAAACAGAUUUUUGAAAAUGGAUCAUAAGAGGAAUUCAUCAUCAUUAAAAUUAACGUUGGUCUGUCUCAACUGUGACCUCCUUGUGGACGCAUCAGGCGGUGACCUGAUGACCAAACAUUUAACUGACAGACCCCAACACAUAUGCAAAGUCAUUCAGGAGAGAGCAGAUAUCAAAGCCAAAGAUCGAGUAAAAAAAUCAAAAACUAAAGGGUUUGGUUUCACAAUGGCGCCCUCUCUCCAUGCAUUAACCAGUUGGGCUCCUUCUACGUCCUUAUCUACGCAUCUCAUCAUGAGGCAGCCAGCUAAAGUCUUGUACCUUUUGACACCACCUUCGGCCCCAAGACCAAAGGAAAUGGACUUGAAAUCAGUUGAAAGUGUCACAUCUGGAAGUGCCGAUGUCGCCACAGUCGAGCAACCAGAACAAGAGCCGAUGUUACCGGCACGUGAUCAGGAACAGGCUUCCACAGAGCUGAGUGUCAGUGAAGGUUCCUCUGAAGGAGAGAAACAGGCGUCGCUGCCUGCUUUGUCGUCUUCUUGUACAUCAGAGGGGGUUUUAGAUCCCUGUGGUGAGACAGCGGGUAACUCUGAGACAGCGGGUAACUCUGAGACAGCGGGUAACUCUGAGACAGCGGGUAACUCUGAGACAGUGGGUAACUCUGAGACAGCGGGUAACUCUGAGACAGUGGGUAACUCUGAGACAGUGGGUAACUCUGAGACAGUGGGUAACUCUGAGACAGCGGGUAACUCUGAGACAGCGGUUAACUCUGAGACAGCAGGUAACUCUGAGACAGCGGUUAACUCUGAGUCGGUGGGUAACACAGAGACAGCGGGUAACUCUGAGACGGUGUGUAACUCUGAAUUAGUGGGAAACUCGGAGAGCCUCACUGUCAGAGAGCAGCCCUCUGAGCCUAAGGCUGAGGCUGAGGAACAACAAAUAAAGUCAGAGUGAACCUGUACGCUGACUAAACAAUUUACAACACAUGAGAUGACUGCAGUUAUAAAUGUAAGAAUAACUGCUUCGUCGUCAUACCCUGGCAUUGUUUGGCAAUUUUAACAACCAGAAAAAAUAUUUUAUCAGAAUCUUUUAUUCCUCUGUCAAACUUCCAUUACUUUAAUAGGUGUAAAAAGUCUCUGUAUUCAUGAAUAAAAAUACAUCUACUCAAGUCUUCUUAGUUGCCCUAUACACUAUAUAGUAAAAGAAUUUGCAUAGUCAUAUUUAAAACAUCAUAAAUAAAAGUUAAAUGAUUGUGGCUCAUUUUAUAUAUUUCUUAAAAGUCUCAAAAACUGGUUGGUGUUAUCCUUAAAGACACUCCAUCUGCCACAAAGAGGACAGUCCUUGGCCCUGCUCCUGAUCCCUGGGGUCAGUUUAGAUGAUUUUCGAUUUGCUUUACUGAGAAAGGUCAAAACAGUUGCCAAUGAUUCGACUACCCGGUGGUACGGAGUGUACAUGCUCACGUCGCCUGGUGAUUUAUUGAUGCAGUUUAAAGGGUAACUUCUGUGUUUUUCAACCCGGACCCAAUUUCCCCAUGUUUUUGUGUCUAACUGACUAAUGGAGGCAACAGUUUAAAAAAACUGGUCCAGGAUUGAGCGAGAGAGCUGCAGCUGGCUAUUUUGGCUCUGUCCAUUUACGUCCAUUCAAAGCGUUGGUUUUUGCCACUGACAGGCUCAGACUGUUGUAUAUGUCCAACAGCAUGAUGGAAAGGAUCCCUACAAAG